AUGGAGAGAGCCAGACCGGAGCCGCCGCCGCAGCCGCGCCAACCGCCGCGGCCCACCCCACCGCGCCCGUUGCGCCCCGCUCCGCCCGCGCAGCAGCCCGUCGAGGCCGCCACCUUCCGGGCCGCGACCGCCGAGCGCCCGGAGUCGCCGCCGGCCCAAGCCUCGGCCGCCAUCGCCGCAGCGGCCUCAUCGUGCGGGGACGCCUCGGCAGCCGGUGCGCAGGCUGGGACGCGUCGUCUGCUGCAAGUGAAGCCGGAGCAGGUGCUGCUGCUGCCGCCGCCGCCCGGGCCGCUGUUACCGCAGGCUCCUGACGAGGGUGCGGCCGCCGCUGCCGCCGCCGCUGCUGCCGCCGUCGCGUCGUCCGCGCAGGCGCGCCUGCUGCAGCUGAGACCGGAGCUGCUGCUGUUGCCGCCGCCGUCGGCGGCCGACGGAGGCCCUUGCAGGCCAGAGCUGCGCUCCAUGCAGCCCCGGACGCUGCUCGUCAAGGCCGAGAAGCAGGAGCUGGGGGCGGGCUUGGACCUGUCGGUGGGAUCUCGGAGGACCACCGAGGCUGGCCCCAGAGCCUCCAGGGCCGCCAAGUUGGAUGGCACCGGGAAGGCCCUCGACGGCCGCCGAGGGGAGGAGAAGAAAGCCAAGCUGGAGGUGGAGGAGGCCUCGAGGGAUGCGCUGAAAGGCGGCGAAGGCAGGAGCCUGCUUGUCGGAGAAGGAGUCAUCAAGACCGAAGAGCCAGACAGACUCAGGGACGAUUGCAGACUGGGCACGGAAGCCGCGUCCAAUGGCCUGGUCCACGGCAGCAAGGAUGCUCUCCUGGCCCAGCCGCCCAGCGCUUUUGGGCCACACCAGCAAGACCUAAGGUUCCCUUUGACUCUCCACGCGGUCCCUCCUGGGGCCCGUAUCCAAUUUCAGGGGCCUCCGGCUUCUGAGCUAAUACGCUUGUCCAAGGUUCCCUUGACACCAGUGCCAAUUAAAAUGCAGUCCUUACUGGAGCCUUCUGUAAAAAUUGAAACCAAAGAUGUCCCCCUCACCGUGCUUCCCUCAGACGCAGGAAUACCUGAUACUCCCUUCAGUAAGGACAGAAAUGGCCAUGUGAAGCGACCUAUGAAUGCAUUUAUGGUUUGGGCAAGAAUCCACCGUCCAGCACUAGCCAAAGCUAACCCAGCCGCAAACAAUGCAGAAAUCAGUGUCCAGCUCGGGUUAGAGUGGAACAAACUUAGUGAAGAACAAAAGAAACCCUAUUAUGAUGAAGCACAAAAGAUUAAAGAAAAGCACAGAGAGGAAUUUCCUGGUUGGGUUUAUCAGCCUCGUCCAGGGAAGCGGAAACGCUUCCCUCUAAGUGUUUCCAAUGUAUUUUCUGGUACCACACAGAAUAUUAUCUCUACAAAUCCUACAACAAUUUAUCCUUAUCGCUCACCUACCUACUCUGUGGUAAUUCCCGGCCUUCAGAACACCAUCACUCAUCCAGUUGGUGAAGCCCCACCUGCUAUCCAGCUGCCCACACCUGCAGUCCAGCGCCCAAGCCCCAUCACACUUUUCCAGCCCAGCGUCUCCAGCACUGGCCCGGUGGCUGGUCCGCCUCCAAGUCUGACGCCCCGCCCAUCACUCCCUCCUCAGCGCUUCACCGGGCCGCCACAAACAGACGUUCAUAGGCUUCCUUCGGGAACCAGUCGCUCUGUGAAGAGACCCACUCCAGUGUCUUUGGAGAGCACCAGCAGGAUUCCAGCUGGUGCAAGUACUGCCCAUGCCAGAUUUGCAACCUCACCUAUCCAGCCUCCCAAGGAAUAUGCCAGCGUUUCCACGUGUCCCCGAAGCACUCCAAUUCCCCCAGCUACUCCCAUUCCACACUCACACGUCUAUCAGCCCCCGCCCCUUGGUCAUCCAGCCACACUUUUUGGGACACCACCACGAUUCUCGUUUCAUCACCCUUACUUCCUACCUGGACCUCAUUACUUCCCAUCAAGCACGUGCCCUUAUAGUCGGCCUCCUUUUGGCUAUGGGAAUUUUCCAAGUUCAAUGCCAGAAUGUCUUGGUUACUAUGAAGACAGGUACCAAAAGCAUGAGGCUAUAUUUUCAGCUUUGAAUAGAGACUAUCCUUUCAGAGACUACCCAGAUGAGCACACACACAGUGAAGAUUCUCGGAGCUGUGAGAGCGUGGACGGGCCCCCGUACUACAACAACCACGGGCACAGUGGAGAAGAGUACUUGAAUCCCAUGGCUCCACUGGACAUUGGAGCCCUGGAGAAUGUCUUCACAGCCCCAGCGUCAGCUCCCUCUGGCGUCCAGCAAGUCAAUGUCACCGACAGCGACGAGGAGGAAGAGGAAAAAGUGCUCAGGAAUUUAUAA